AGAAGAGCGAGAUUUCAUUUGCGAACGGAAUUUUCCUUUCAGCAAUGGAAAACCAGAGAAAAAGGCGACAUGAGAUUGAAGAGGAGUUAUCAGAUGAAGAAGACUACGUACCUUACGUUCCUUUAAAGGAGAGGAGAAGGCUUGAGCUUGAAAAGCGAGAGAAAUUCUUGAAGAAAAAGACAGAGUCAAGUACAGCAGCGGAGACUGCACAAAAUGUUGCGCCGACGUCUUUGGAGGAAAAAGAAAAACUAGAAGAAGCGCCCAUUGGCUUGAAGGCCAACGUGAGCUUGCUGGAUCAGCACAGCGAGCUUAAGAAGAUAGCGGAAGCCGAAAAAGAAACAGACUACGAAAAACAGCUGAAAGAAGAAGAGAAGAUUUUGGACAGCAUUGCUGAGAAGAAAGUCUUGAUGGCUGUUGGGGAAAUUGCGAAAGGAAUCGUGUACACUGAUUCCAUCAAGACCGGAUGGCGUCCACCACGUUACUUUAACUCAUAUCCGCCAGAGAAAUUUGAUAAGAUAAGGAAGAAAUGGCAUAUUCUGGUGGAAGGCGAAGAUAUACCACCUCCCAUCAAGACUUUCAAGGAGAUGAAAUUUCCUCGCGCUGUCCUGAACACACUGAAGAAGAAGGGCAUAACACAUCCAACACCAAUACAGAUCCAAGGCAUACCAGCUGUUCUUACUGGGAGAGACAUGAUUGGAAUUGCAUUCACUGGUUCUGGGAAAACUUUGGUGUUCACACUUCCCAUUAUCAUGUUUAGUUUGGAGCAGGAGAAAGUUCUUCCAUUCCAGAGACAAGAAGGGCCUUACGGGCUUAUAGUUGUACCAUCCCGAGAAUUGGCACGACAAACAUUUGAAGUUAUAUCAGAAUUUUCAAGAGCCUUGGAACUGGACGGUCUUCCUACUUUGCGAUCUGCACUCUGCAUAGGUGGAACUAAUGUUAAGGAUCAGAUGGAGGUCAUCAAAAGAGGAGUUCACAUGAUGGUUGCUACACCAGGCCGUCUGAUGGACUUGCUAGAUAAGAAAAUGGUCAAUCUUGAUGUGUGCAGAUAUUUGGUUCUUGAUGAAGCUGAUCGUAUGAUUGACAUGGGGUUUGAAGAAGAUGUGAGAACAAUCUUCUCUUACUUCAAAUCGCAGCGUCAGACACUGCUGUUCAGUGCUACAAUGCCUAAGAAGAUUCAGAACUUUGCCAAAAGUGCUCUGGUCAAGCCAGUGACUGUCAAUGUAGGAAGAGCUGGGGCAGCAAGUCUUGAUGUUAUCCAGGAAGUUGAGUAUGUGAAGCAAGAGGCAAAAGUGGUUUAUCUAUUAGAGUGCUUACAGAAAACUCCUCCGCCUGUGCUGAUUUUUGCAGAGAAGAAAGCAGAUGUUGACGAUAUUCAUGAAUAUUUACUGCUCAAGGGAGUUGAAGCUGUUGCUAUCCAUGGUGACAAAGAUCAAGAAGAAAGGGAAUAUGCAAUGAAAUGUUUUAGACAAGGAAAGAAAGAUGUUAUGGUUGCAACAGAUGUGGCUUCCAAAGGCCUUGACUUCCCCAAUAUUCAACAUGUUAUCAACUAUGACAUGCCUGAAGACAUUGAAAACUAUGUCCACAGAAUAGGCCGUACAGGCCGAAGUGGGAAGACUGGAGUUGCUACCACAUUCAUUAACAAAUCUUGUGAUGAAUCUGUCUUGUUGGAUCUGAAGCAUCUGUUACUAGAAGCAAAACAGAAACUGCCUCCAGUUCUUGCAGCCUUACAGGCAGAAAAUGAAGGCUAUCUUGAUCUUGGUGAAGAACGUGGUUGUGCUUAUUGUGGUGGUCUUGGGCACAGAAUUACUGAAUGUCCAAAGUUGGAGGCAAUGCAAACCAAACAAGCUGGAAACAUUGGAAGAAAGGAUUAUCUAGCACCUGGUGCUGCAGACUGGUAACUUCAGUUACUGAUGUCCACUUACAGUUAUUUCUACAUCCUCAUCAUACAUGUAUGUGUAGUGGUUGUAUUAUUGUAGAAGACUGUGUAUAUAGUAAGCUCAUGUUGUUUGUAGACACAAUCAACAUAGGAGAUACAACGUAAAUACUGCAAGUCUUGAGGUAUAUAUUUAAAAAAUUCCCCUAGCUUUAUACUGGACAUGAAGAGGUUUCCGUAAGGUUCAUAUGUAGAGAAAGCUUCAUGUGUGUACUUACAUGUACUCAUUGGCAUUAGAAAAUUCACAUGACCUUGUUGUCAGAAGUAAACAGUGUGCUAGAGGCAAGGUAUUGUUGAUUUAUUUUCUCUGAUACCUUCCAAUUUUUACGAGAAAAUAGGUUUUGGAAGAAGGACUGUUUGAAAUCCAGACAAUGUGUAGUUUCAGAAAGAAUGCAGACUACCACUAGAGGCAUUAUAUAUUAAACCUUCCCCAUUAUGACUGAUCUGGAUUUCCCCAUGCACUCACCUUUUGAGACUUGGCUCCUGCUUGAGACCUCUGCAAUCUCCAACUCAAGCAAUAAUUUGAAGAU